AUGUCUCAAACUUGGUUUUCCAAAUCCACCCUACUUUCCUUAGCUGUUCUUUUGACUGCCUCCAUUGCUUUGCCAGUUGUCAAGAGGGACACUAUUAAGAUCGGUAACAAAGGUUGGUACUUUGACUUAAGCGCUGCUGACACUUCUGCUUGGGCUGGUGCAGUCUCCACUGUCUGUGCCUCCGGUAACGUUGGUGUCUGUGCUGGUGAAACUGUCGUCGCUACCGUUCUAACUGGUAUCAUGGCACUAGGUAACACUGGUUCCACUACCUCUUCUUCAUCCUCUUCUUCUGAUGAUAACACAGUUGCUAUCACUACUGCUGCAGCUGCUGAUGUUGGUGUUACCACCACCGUCGCAGCUCCUGCUGCCACCUCAUCUGCCUCUGCUUCCAAUAUCUUAGGUAACGUUGUCUCAGCUGUUGAAAACGUUCCUAAGGAAAUUGAAAGUCUUCUAUCUGGCUCUGGUGUUAAUUUGUUAGGUGUCUACAACAUUUCUUCAAAGGUUUCUGGUGCUGUCCAAAACAUUAUCCAUUUCGAUACUUCUCUAGGUCAGCAUAUUGCUGCUCAAAUUGGUGGCGAAGCCGCAAACCUAACUCAAUUAGCUGAACAAAUUGUUAAGGCUGUCCCAGGUAUUCCAACAUUCUCUAACUUGACUGUCCUUUCUGAACAAGCUGUCCAAGCUGCUGCCAAGGACAACGGUGAAAAUGUUAUUAACUGGAUGACUUACAACAUAAAGGAUGCUGAAGAUGGUCUAACUGAUAUUAUUAACAGUCUAGGUGGUGCUGACAUGUCUCAAUUCGCCACUGAAAUCAACAAUUUCAUUUCAAACAACGGUGCCUGGAAGUUCUGUCUAUCUCCAUCUACUCAACUUGUUAAUGUUACUGUUAGUGAAUCCCACAAGUUAUUCGGUGAAAUCUACUUGAACACUUACGGUGGUAUUGAUGCUGAAUGUCAAUGA